AUGUUAGAAAAAUCGGCACUAAUAAAGAAAAAUAAAGAAAAAAACUUUUCUUUUACUUUCACUUUCAACUUUAUUUCAUUUCCUUCUCAACAGACAAACAUAUUUUCACUGAUCAGAUCACGUUUAAACGGCAGUUCUUUGAAGCUAGAAAAGAAUUCAUUUCCCUUUUCCUUUUUCCUUCCCCGACUGGCAAACAUUCUUUCACUGAUCAGUUCAAAUUUGAACGGCAUUUCCUUGAAGCUAGAAAAGCAUUCAUUUCCCCUUUCCUUUUUCCUUCCCCCCGACUGGCAAACAUUCUUUCACUGAUCAGUUCAAAUUUGAACGGCAUUUCCUUGAAGCUAGAAAAGCAUUCAUUUCCCCUUUCCUUUUUCCCUUCGCCGACUGGCACAUUCUU